CUUCCAUCUUCUCUGCUUGCAACCGAUACCAUGACACAAUUUCAGUCACUUCCUGAUGGAAAUACUUUGGUUUCCGAAGAUGAAAUCUUUGAGAUGGGUUUCUUCAGUCCCGGUAAUAACUCAAAUCGCUACCUUGGAAUCUGGUACAAAGGAAUCCCAGUUAGAACUGUUGUUUGGGUUGCCAACCGUGAAAAUCCGAUCAAAGACAACUCCAGCAAAUUGAGCAUCAACUCAGAAGGACGACUUGUGAUUCUCAGCCAUAACGAAACUCUUGUUUGGUCAUCAAAUUCAACAACACAGAAGCAAGUUAAUAGUCCAAUUGUGCAACUUCUAAACUCAGGAAACUUGGUCCUAAGAGACGAAAAGGAUAAUGAUUUCGAAAGCUACUUAUGGCAGAGCUUUGACUAUCCAUCUGAUACGCUGUUACCAGGAAUGAAGAUUGGUUGGAACCUAAAAAGUGGCCUUAACAGGCAGUUAUCAGCAUGGAAGAAUUGGGAUGACCCUUCUCCAGCAGAUUUCACUUGGGGAAUUCUACUUGGAACCACCCCUGAGUUGGUUAUAUGGAAAGGAACUACAAAGUACUAUAGGAGUGGUCCAUGGAACGGAGAAAGAUUCACCAGCAUAGCGCUUUUCCAAUUAGAAUUUGUGUCCACCAAUGAUGAGGUGUUUACCACAUACAACCUCAACAAUAAGUCAGUGAUAACAAGACUCGUUCUAAACAAAUCAGUUUAUUUACGUCAGCGCUACAAUUGGAUCCCAGAGAACCAAAUUUGGCAAUUAUAUUCGUCGGUGCCUCGUGACAAUUGUGAUAACUACAAUCUUUGUGGUUCUUAUGGGAACUGCAUUGUGCAAGAGUCACCGCCAUGUAAGUGUUUAACAGGUUUUAAGCCGAAAUCACCACGAAGCUGGGAGGCAUUUGAUUGGACAGAAGGAUGCAUGCAAAGUGAAGAAUGGAGGUGUAAAGUGAAAAAUAAAGAUGGUUUUGAAAAAUUCAGUGGGUUAAAAAUGCCAGAUACCACCAAGUCUUGGGCAAGUAAAAAUUUGACACUUGAUGGUUGCAGGAUUAAGUGUUGGAAGAAUUGUUCUUGCACUGCCUAUGCAAUCUUAGAUAUUAGAGGAGAAGGCAGUGGCUGUCAAAUUUGGUUUGGAGAUUUAAUGGAUCUCAGAGUUGCUUCAAUUCCAGGACAAGAUUUGUACGUUCGGGUGCCUGUAUCAGCUACUGAUUCUUCAAACAAAACUAUUCCAAGUGAAGAAAGUAAAAAGGAUAAGCAAAGGAGAAAGCUUGCUGUGGCAAUUUCAGUUAGCUUUUUCUCGAUUCUUAUGAUUGUUUUAACUUUCUAUUGGAGGAAAAAAAAGCUUAGAGGAAAUAUACCACAAGAAAAAGAAGUUGAUGAAGCCCAUGAAGAAAAACUUGAGCUUCCAUUCUUCGAUUUUACCACAAUAGUUCAUGCCACUAAUAACUUCUCAAGUGACAAGAGGCUUGGCCAAGGUGGUUUUGGGCACGUGUACAUGGGUACAUUAAUUGAUGGGCAAGAGGUUGCUGUCAAAAGAUUGGCGCAUAAGUCUGGACAAGGAGUAAAAGAAUUUAAGAAUGAAGUUAUAUUAUGUUCCAAACUUCAACACCGCAAUCUUGCUAAGGUUCUUGGUUGUUGCAUCCAAGGAGAAGAAAGAAUAUUAAUCUAUGAGUAUAUGCCCAAUAAAAGUUUAGAUUCCUUUCUUUUUGAUUCUUCUCGAGAACUUCUUGAUUGGAUGAAACGAUUUAACAUCAUAUUUGGAAUUGCUUGUGGACUUCUUUAUCUUCACCAAGAUUCAAGAUUGAGAAUUAUACACAGAGAUCUUAAAACAAGUAAUAUUUUAUUAGACAAUGAAUUGAACCCAAAAAUUUCAGAUUUUGGAGUGGCACGAAUGUUUACUGAAAAUCAAAUGGAAGCGAAUACAAAAAUAAUUGCAGGAACAUAUGGCUAUAUGGCACCAGAAUAUGCAAUAGAAGGGAUAUUUUCUACCAAAUCUGAUGUUUUCAGCUUUGGAAUAAUAUUAUUAGAGAUAGUAAGUGGACGGAAAAACACAGGAAUUUUUUAUCCUAAUCAAGGGUUCAAUCUUCUAGGACAGGCAUGGAGAUUAUGGAAAGAAGAAAAUCCAAUAAAACUAGUAGAUGCUUGUUUGGAAGACACUUUUACAAUUUCAGAGGUUCUACGUUGCAUACACAUUGGUCUUUUAUGUGUGCAAUUGCAUCCUGAUGAUAGACCAAACAUGGCAUCGGUGAUUUUGAUGCUUACUAAUGAAAACACUUUGCCUCAACCGAAAGAACCUGGUUUCCUUAUAGAAAGGACACCAAUAAUUGAAGAACAAAGUUCAUCUGAAAAUAAGACUAAUUCUUCAACUAGUGAAAUAACUGUGACAUUGUUAGAGGCCAGAUAA